AUGCCGGCGCUUUGCGUUCUCUCUGCGGUCUUUGAGAUUGUACCGUUUCAUUUCUGUCUCCUCCAUGUUCAGCAUUCACAUCCUCAUCCUCAUUGUCUGCACGGACCACUCGCCAUAAAUCCAAAAUAUGCCGCAUCGUAUCCUCGAUGCGAUAUCCCUCCUCUAUUGGUUCUUUCUUGCACCGUCCGAUGGUGUCGCUCUACUAUUCCACUUCCCCACUGGCUUGUACGCUGCUCUGUAGUAUCUUAUUUAACAUUUUUCAAGCAUCACUUGGAGUUCCGAGCGGAAAACCGUGUCAUUGUCCAUUACACCUCAACUACUGGACCUUGUUCAAGAAUCACCUUCACUUCUGCAACGACAGCUGCCGUUUCCGCGCGCAAUUCUCUCCAUAUCGCUAGGCGCCCGGGUCCACAGACAAUCAUCGAAAAACAGCAUAUUGGAGCCUCUUCCUCCUUAUUGACGACCAACCACUUUUUGUUUACUCGAGUUAAUGCAUCCGUCUUAUGUCUUUUCGAAGACACAAAUGCUGAUUUCAUUUGUAAUCCAAAUUCGGAUAUCAUUAUUACCAGUAUUCUUAAUAUCCGCUUUACUAUCAUUUCUCCAGCACCUUUUCCAGGCUGCAUCUUCCACUACCAAACCGCCAAUCUCUACGGCUAUGUUCGUAGCAUUACUACUCGCAUCGCGCCAUAUUAUUCCCGUUUUCUCUAUCCUACUUGCUCAUUUUUUCACGUAGCUUCAUGCCGGUCGCUGCCAUCGCCAACUGCUUUCCACAGACCUAGAUCCAUAGAUCCCGUCUAUUCAUCUGUCCUGUCCCCUGGGAUACCUCGUGGCCCCAUCCAAACACAAGUUCACCCACUUUUCCUUUCUUCAGUUUAA